CCCGCCUGAGCACCGAGCAGACGGAGCUGCGCCUGAAGGAAGGACAGAGCGGCGUGGUUCUCGAAUGUUCCUUGGACGUGGGCGACGACCCCAUCUCCUUCCGCUGGCUCAAGAACCACCAGUGGGUCACGGUUCCCUCGGCUACGCGUACAGGGGCUACCGGCAGCUCCUCCUGGCCCUCCAUACAAUAGAGAAGCAGCAUGCAGGGACCUACUUCUGCGAGGCGUCCAACGAGGCGGGGGUCCACUCCAGCUACAUCCAGGUCAUCGUGGAGAGCCCAGACACCAUCCGGCUGCCGGCUAGUGAACUGCCUCACACUGAUGAGAUUCUCAGUGACAUUGCCACCUCCUUCAGUGAUGUCUUGGCAGAAGGAGAGUGCAAGUGCGACACCAUCUUCCUCCUGCACGCCUCGACAGAAGCCCCUGCGGAUACUGUGGCUGCCCAAGCCAACCUCAUCCACACUAUAGGGAGCACCAUAAUAUCAGAUACGAUGCGUGUAGGACUCGCCAUGUACUCGGACCACGUCACUCAGAAGCUGUCUCUAGGGAUGGGCAUCCACCACUGCGCCCUCAGGGAUGCCUUCAAGGACCUGUCACACCCAAGGUUCCCGACACGCCUCGAGCCAGUUCUCAGGGAGACUUUCAAGAAGUUCAAGAAGUCCAAAGCACCUUGCAAGGUCUUGUUCCUACCCAUCUUUGGUUCUGCUGGGAAGGAUGGAGCCGACAUUACUGCGGCCAAGCAGCUGCAUAAACUCGGUGUGAAAAUCUUCAUUUUAGAAGUAACCCCAGAGCCCAUUGAAGGCAUAAAUGAGAUGGCCUCAAAGCGUGGAGAUGGCCGGCCAUACCACUGGCAUAUCCCUCUUCACAUCUGGCCAACUAUUGUAAUUUACAUGAAGUAUAUGACUGAAGAAAUUGAAGGUUGCAUGGUGGAGGUCCAGGACAUUCCCGGAGAGUGUGUAGGGACAGGACAGCCUUGCACUACUGACAACAUGUGUCGUGGCUCUGGCUAUGGCUGCUUCGACGGAGUGUGCAAACCCUUGGAGUGUAAUGUGGACACCUCAGUUGCAGGGUGCUGUGCCAACCCGGGGCAAUAUUGGUGUGGCGAUGUUACCCGACAUUGUACGAGCAUGAGCAGCAUCUGUGACGGCCGAGUGCAGUGCAUGAAUGGCGCAGAUGAGGAUAGGUGCUGGUCAAAUCCUUGUCCAGACGACAAAGUAGCAAGAUGCCAGAAAGUAGCACGCUUUGUCUAGACCUUAUGGAUUUGUGUGAUGGCGAGCCGGCAUGCCCAGCUGGAAGAGCGAAUGAAAGACCCACGCUCUGCCGUUCCUU